AUAGUUAAGUUCAAGGAAGAAUGAGAUAAGAAGGUAGAAGAGAGUUGACUUAUACACACUAAGAGGGGGAUAGAUAAAUAUUUUUUAAUAACUUUUAAAUCACCAAGAGAAGGGAAAUCAGAUAAAAAAUAGAUGAUGAAAUGUAAAAAGGUGGUGAAUUCCUUAGCACUAAUGUGUGUAAAUGAAAACUCUAAUUUUUCUAGAUCCUCCUAUGUUAGCUAUGAGGUCAAUAGAAAGACAAAAAGAAAUUAAUCUAUUCCUAAACUAAUUUAUAAUCUCUCCUAAUCCCUUUCUCCUUCCAAUAAAUGCUAAACUUUGAUGAAUCAAAAGAGUAAAAGAACAUGGAAAGGAAAAGACCAAAUGAAGGAUCUAAAGUAUCCUAAAUCUGCUCUAUCUUGCUCACUCUUUAAAAUGUGAUCAAUCUUGAUAAAUAAGAGAUCUACAUAAAUCAAGGGAAGCUGAGGAAGGGUAGAAGAGUUGGAUUCUAUCCUAAGGUCAACCUAAUGUCGCUUUAGAGGUUAAAGAACUGAAUCCCUACCUGCUCUUUAACUAGAUCAACUCUUUCUCACUAUGAGGGUCUUAAGAAGAAAAGAAUGUAGUAAGAAAAUAAAACUCAUUCAUUUAAAACUUAAAGAGGUUCAUAAAACAUAAAUAUAAUCUAAUACAUGUGCCUAAUCAAUUAACCCUUGGAUUGCUUUAAGAGGACUCUUCCUCAAAAGUUCUUGGACAUGUCUCUCUUAGUUAAGUUUUGGACUUUCUCCUCUUCUCCUCUAGGUGGCUUCCUCUCCCAAGCAAACAAUGAUCUUCUUGCUCUUUAAAUGAAAAUUUAUUCUUCUCUUUGUCAUGCUCAUUCUCAGUCCUUGGAUCAUAGAGGAGAGUGAAAAACCUUCUGAUGACAUUUCUCUCUCCAAGGGUAGCCCAAGGGAGGUGGGCGGCUCCUAGGGUGUCUUCUCACCUUCUCUCACCUUAGGACUUAUCUCAGCCCUUGGAUUGUGCUGAUUGAGGGGUUGAGAUAGUCCCAAUGGUUACCUAAGGAGGGAGAGGGGCAUGGCCAAUGGGAAGAGGCCACCUACCCCCUUUGACUCCAAAGGAGGAAGGUGGGUGGUUUCCCCGUUUAGAGGAGGCAGUUUCCCCUUUCCUUUGGUGGUGGGUUUCCUCUCUUAAGGCCCAUGGGCCUUCCUUGUGUUGGUCUUCUAAUAGGCCCAUGGGACUGUUAAAAUAAUUUAUAUUAGUCCUUUUAAUUAAAUAGAGAAGAUAACUACAUAGGGAAGUCAUCUCUCUUUAGAUUAUAAAUGAAUUAUACAUGAGGAACUGUAGGACUUGGGAAAUAAAUGAUAGAUCAUGCAAAAUAUAUGGAUUAUGCAUAAUUGAUCAUGAUUUAAGGUAAUUCAAUUAAACUUUAUAAUAAUAUUGGAUGGUAUUUUUUUCAAAAAAAAUCUAAUGAUACAAUGCACAUGCAUCAAUUUCGCUUCUUAUGCUUUAACAUCAAUCAUUUAUAUGUCAUUCAUAAUCCAUGAAUUAACCUUAAUAGCAUGCUAAUUAUUGUCAUUAAUCAUGUAAAACAUGUAUAAUAACUCAUAUUAAUAACCAGAAUUAGCAUGUUAUCAAUUAUCCACCCAUGACAUUUCUCUAGGGCAGCACUUCAUACCCCUAUUGGGUUCCCCAUAUUCAUUCAUGUGUGAGGCCCCAACACCUAUUUAUGAGUUAAUCAUUGCCAGAUAGGCAUCAGUGCAAGAGCUUGACACGUGGCAGCUGAUGUGGGACCCUUGUUUCCAUGGAGACAGCUCAUGCUGGGUGGUGUGCCAUUGAUGGAGAAGUUAGUAGGCUGCAAGAAUAAAGCCCAGAAAUGCCAGAUCAAAAUAUGGUAUUUCAUGGGCCGAUUUUCUUAGUUCGUUCAUCAGAACAAAGCCCAGAAAAGGCUGAUUUUUACGGGAUAGAAGCGAAAUAAAAAAAAUAAUUGUCCCAAGGAAGAUGGUUAAAGCAAUUACCAUGGUUAAAAUAUAACUAGGGUGCGUCUAAAUGAAAUUAUGUAUUAUCUCAAUUAGUGAAGUAAAUAGUCAUGAAAAAUAUUAAUUUGGAAGCUUUUCAAAUGGAAAAAAUGUUGUCUGCGGGCUUGGACUCGACUGUUAUGGAAUGUAUUUAUUUACUGUUUGGCCUUGUUAAUGCUUACCAUGGGGGCCUACUCAUAAGGGGUCUAAUGUAAUUAAAAUUUUAACAAGGGCCGAAGUUGUAAUAUAGAUAUGUAUAUAUAUAUACAUACAUAUAUAUACGUAUAUAUAUACAUACAUAUGAACAAUGCUGUUCUUAACCAGCUUUAGACUGUUUUCUAGUCCCGCUCUCUCUCUGUCUCUCUCUCUCUUUCUCGCUGAGGCUUCCUGGACGGAGAACCGGGAAGUUGAUUCCCAGAAGCUUGAGAAGGGGGCAGGAUACAGAGAAGAUCCGUUAGCAGCAUUGAGCGUCGUCAUCCUGCUGGAGAGCUUGCGGGAGAUCGUCUCCCGCUUCCAGUUUGUUUCUGAACCCUAGGUGAAGUACAGGCAGUUGCUCCACUUUAGGGGGAGGCUGCGACCGGUUGCUUUCCAAAGUCUGCACACGUGCACUUACCGAUCCGGGAUAGCUGGCCGAUGUACUCUUCGAAGCAGACUACAGUUCCACCCUCACCGAGGCCCCUGCCGCGCUUUUCGUCCUAGGGUUUUCAAGUGCCAUUUCGGACUACUUUCGUUCUGCUAGGACUUUGGGUGAGCCUCACGCCUUCCUGGAACAUCGGCUUCUUGAUCCUGUUAAAGCUGAUGGGGGAGAAGGUGCUGCAGACUGAUGCCCACGGCGGCGACUCUGCUUCGGGUGUGAUGAAGCCCUCCCACCAGCAUAUACCCGUUCUCACGACAACGGUCAGCGACUUCACCCUCACACCCUAGUACUCACCGGAUGCUCCACAACAUCAGGACGCACCAACUGCACGAAAGCCACUUCUCCCACGACGCAGCCGGGGGGACUUCAUCAGGGUGCUGGCUCAGAGCAGGAAGAAUCGAAUCAUGAUAGGGGAGGUGAGAAAAUGUCCGGCAGCAAUUCUAUGAUCGGUGAGGUGCCGGACAGGGAAGCUCCAAUUGAUCGUCUGGAUGAUAUUGCUUCAAGUUUCGGUGCCUAUGGUUGUUGAGCGAGGAGGAUGAGGGAGAGAUUGGUGGGGGCCUUUCGUCCCGUGGAAUUGGAGGUGGAGGACGUAUCUUAUCAACAUGAAGGCCACGCUGCUAUCAGAGGGAAUGACCAUGAGGAGACUCAUUUCAACGUGAGGAUUGUUUUAGAGGAAUUCGAAGGAAAGAGCCUGGUGAAGAAGCGCAGGCUUGUUUAUGAUCUGUUGCAGGAGUUGCAGAGCGGAUUUCACUCCCUCUCCAUUGUUGCAAAAGCUCCUGAGUCCGGUUUCAAGUAG